AAUAUGGUUCUCGACCUCACCCACUCAUACACAAGUGAAGUGUCCUGCCGAGACUGUCUCUCCUCCAAUGUAUCAAUUAGAAAUGUGGGUGUAUGCAAGUGUCGUCGCUGAUCUGUCGUGAGGGGAAACCGUUUGGAUGUAUUUUGAGGUCCCGUAGGGGACUGCAGGGACUUGUGGGAAGAUGACCUGAUUUCUAAUUUCUUCCUCUCCUGCCUGGGCUGUGGGCUAGUCGCUACUACAUACACAGAAGCCCAUGAAAGGAGAAUGGCAGAAUAAACUGGCCCGGAUCUAUUUGGAAUAUGGCCUCGCUGUUUGCGUAAAACUGGAUUUUAUUUGUCAUUUUUGAUGGACGCAGGUGUGGCUGAAAUUCUUACUCAAUAGAUUCAGGUGAUCAGCCAUGGCCAACCUGCAGCAGGAAUACCCCGGGGUCCUUUUGGGGAUUCUGGAGGAACUGGCUAAUAUGCGCCAAUGGCUGACCUUCCAGGACCUUUGUCGCAUGGUCAGCACCCGCUUUGACCUAGAGAACCUCAUUGAGCUCAGGAGUCUGCUGUUUGCUGCUGCUAGCCGGGACCCUUGUUUCCCAGCCACGCUCUUCAGAGACCGGGUUUCCACCAGAGGCCAGGGGUUAUCACCCAUAGGCGUCGCUGCUGACAUUGUAACCAUCUUCAAUCUUAUACAGAUGACGGGAGGGGCCCCUGAUGACAGCCAACCAAUGAGAGCCCAGACAGUCCUCCCUGUUGAUCAGUCUCCAGGCCCCAGUCUGCCUGGAAUCCACCAGCUGAACAUCUCUGGUCGAGAAAGAGCACGUGCCCACUCUGACUCCAGUAGCAGGCUUAUCGACCAGCACUUGCUGUUUCCGAGACCUAAUUACUCGGCCCGCAAGCGAGCCAGUCUUCCCCCAGAUCCCAUCUCACUCGUGUCCUCCCCUCCAACCAGGGCAAGGGCUGUUUCUUUCGACUUGCCUCACACCACACUUUUGUACUCUAGUGGUCAAAUCCCCAACGAGGUGAUGAAGAAUAUCUACCUGCCUUUGGAGACGGACAGUGAGUCAAGUGGAGAUUCUGCCCCCAUGGAGGUGUUUGAAACUGAACAGGGAGCAUCUGUUGAUCAGAAGAGAGACAUCUUUAGGAAGGACUUCCACAACCAGCCGCCUCUAAUACCGCAGGUGACCAUUAGCAGUGAGUCUCCCAGUCCCAACAAAGGGCAGAAAGGCUUCGACAACCACAGCUUUGAAAUGCCAAUCCCCAAUCCUUACCCAUCACCCACAACAGUCCACCAAUCUCCAGACCAGCGGGCUAAACAUGAGAGCCUCGAUGACCUACAGGACUCAACUUACUUUGGACCUGGGUCACUGCCAGAGUGGUCUCCCCGGCACCUCCAGCCUCCCAGAACCCAGAGGCCCAUCUGGAGCAACAAGAGUCACAGUCUAGAAGACCGGAUAGGCCUGGGCAGCAUUGGGAUGGGGAUCGAAUCACAAAGAGGACAACUUCCAAGACGAUCAACCCCUGCUAUAAGCAAUCUGGGGGGGUCUUCGGGAGGUGAUAGUGGGGAUAGUGGAUUGCCAGGUGGAGACGAUGGAGUCAAGGCUCAGGGAACCCAAACAGAUCCUCCGGAUCCCAGGCGCCUCCGUAGCCUGGUCCAUGCAGACCGCCUCUCUUUCAUGACCUCAUUGGAUGACCCCGAAUUUGGUGAAGAUGACAUCAGUGCCAUCUUUCGUUUCUUAGAUGACAUAAGUAUGUGCGGUUCCACAGGAGUCCUGCACUCCAGUGACGGAUCAGGGGGUAUUAACCAGGACACCCCUGAGGCCAGACGUGGCCGCCUAGGUCAGCUCCAAAGGCUUUUCCACUCUCUGGAAAGCAGUGACGAUGGGCUGAAGGCCAGUGUCUGUAAGCUGCUGCUCCGUAUGAGCCAGAUAGAACGACAACUGGAGUCACUGAAUGACGUGAAGGCUGAGAUUUCCCAGGUGCUGUCUGCUCUGCAGCGACUAGAUGAAAAGAUCCAGCAGCCUAUUGGUGGUGGAGGACAAAGCCCUGGGGGGCGAUGGCUGGAGCCUCUCAGUGGUGUCUCCUCCUUUAUGAGCCACCCCAUAACCCCUUCUGAGUCAUCAGACCCUCAACCCCUGUCGGUAUCUGGCCAACUGUAUCCAGGGACCAGCACUAGUAGUCUGGACUGGAGCAGAUGGCACACUCCUGGGGAGCAAACAGAGGGCAGCAGAAGUCAGGCUGAUUCUAAAGCGGUGAAAGAAGGGAAGAAGGAUGUAUCAUCUCGUCGUGCCUCCAAGACCCAGCUGGAGGAGAAAGGUGUCUCUGAUUCGAAACAGCCAAAUGUGGCGACCUCUGCAAGAGACUGGAAGGUGUCAUUCUCAAAAAGUAAAGAUGGCAAAUCUUCACAUGGCAAAACCGGACAGGCAGAUCAAUCAAGCAGCACAACUAACCUACUCAGCCAAAAGUCCUCCAACCUGGUGGAACAAGUGUUUAACUCAUCCUUGUUCCGCCACAAAGACAGCAGUCUGACUGGUGGGCUAACCUCUGGGAAGGUUAUGGAUCCCAGACUGGCUGAGGGGAGGGGAAGGCCCAUCUGGACUGUAGACGACAGAGAGGGACGAAUCUCUCCUUUGGAUUUACAGGCCCAGGAGUCUCUGAACCCCAGCAACAUGGAGUUCUGGAUGGACGACAUCUACACUCCAGGCUAUGAUGCUCUACUCAGGCGUAAAGAGGCUGACGUCCGCCGGGCCAGGAUCUGCAAGUUACUUGUACUCAUUGCCACUGCAGUGGUUAUCAUUCUCAUCAUUGUCAUUCCCCUUUGCACUGUGGGUUCAUGAAGACUCUCACAGAGAGGCAACGUUGUUGUCUGUAUUUAUCUUAUUUUGUUUUGUUUUUUUAUUAAUUUCAGCAUCUACAUGCUGUACCCAGGAACUUGCACGCCAUUCUCAUGGAGAUUAAUAGAUGAGAGACUGUGACAGUAGGACCCUAAAGCUGAAUCUGUGACCAGUUAAGAUUCAGUACCUCCUCACAUUUCUCUGCAUGCAUCAUUUAUGACUUCAGAAAAAAAGGAUUUGAAUUGUAUCUUACUUUGUAAUCACUGAGUCUCUCCCUCAUGCAGUUACAACAAAUUGUAAGUUAUCUCCCAUGCCAAAUUUUUUUGUUCCCCAUUUCUUUCAUGAUUUAUAUUUUUAAUUAUUUCAGCUGGCUGCAAGAGGAACUAAUUAAGGACGGGGGUUUUCAAUAAUUCUAACAUAAUUCUGCGAGCAUAUGUUGAAACUAGUAAUACUGAGCCAAUGCAAAGUGUCAAUUUCUUUUUUUUCCCAGUUUGCCUGCUCUUUUCUGAGAAACACUGUUACAAAUGCAUUGUGAAUCAGCUUCAGCCUGGAGCACUGCCUGACUCUUUGUAAUCAUGUUUUUUUUGGGUUUUUUUGCUGUUCCCUUGAGAACUCUACAGGGCUUUUUUCUCUUACGUGUAAGAUAAUUGUUUUAUCAUUAUAUAAGAGUUUUACAUCUACAAUUUAUAAGUAGUAACUGAUUCUGACCACAGAAGCGUUUUUUCUUUUAGUUUUAAUGUUCUUGUACUUCAUCUAAGCAACAAGAUACACUGCUCAAGCUUAAAUCAAUAAAGAUAAUAUUUUUA